UUCACGCGCGCGUCACCUUUCAUCGCAUACAGAACAGAAAGUUGGGGUGAGAGAGAGACUCUUUUGCGGCAAAUACACACGGCAUUUAGUCUUAUUCGACAAAAUAAAUAUAGUUAAAAUUUGCAUUUAUUUCUUUCCACUGGUAUUGAAGAGAAUUUUUUUUUUUGAAUAAUCAUGGGUGUUGACAUUGAACGUAUUUCAUCAGGGGACGGAAGCCGUUACCCAAAAUCAGGUCAAACUGUUGUUGUGCACUAUACUGGCACAUUAGAUGAUGGUACCGUAUUCGAUUCAUCACGAACUCGCGGCAAACCAUUCAAAUUCGUUAUUGGUCGCGGUGAGGUUAUCAAGGGAUGGGACGAAGGUGUUGCAAAGUUGUCGAUUGGUGAACGUGCAAAGUUAAUCUGUUCGCCGGACUAUGCUUAUGGUUCACGUGGACACCCAGGAAUUAUUCCACCAAAUGCUCGUUUGACCUUCGACGUUGAACUCCUAAACGUUGAAUAAAUUGCCUGGCAUCAAAACAAAAACUAAAUAAAGAAAACAAUCGGCGCCAAAAGUGGCAUAUAAACAAUAUCCCGAAAAUAAAACUUAACAAAAAAAAACUAUUCAGAUUUGUCCAUUUUAACAACUACUUUCUUUGUACAACAUAACCAAGUAACUUAUAUCAACGAAAGCAAUCAUUCACAAACCUCAAACAAUGUAAACAAAUCUAAUCUUUAAAAGAAAAGAAAACAAAAAAAAAACAAUACAUAUAUCUGUUAUUUUUCGAUAAACACCCAUUAUACACAUUCCGAACAUUUUAAUGGAAAACAAACUCUUUCUAUAAUCCAUAAUAAAAAAGCCUAUUUGCCACUAGCCCAAUUGAA